UUUCAACAGUUUUUUCUGCCUGCGACUAUAAUACUGCAUGUAAAUGCCCUACAGGACUUCCACAAGGCCAAUACUGCGGUAAACAACUUGGUUGUAACCGUACAUCCGUUUAUGAAUGCAGUCCUUCUGGAGGAACAUGCGAAUAUGGCUAUCGGGACUCUUGUGCACUUUGUGAUGCUUUAACAUGCAAUUGUACGAUUUCAACUGCAUCUUGCAUUAGCAAAAAUGAUUGUGAUAAUUAUUGCACUACGAAUUCACAAUGUUGUUCUGGUUUUACCUGUAUUAAUAAUGUUUGUUCAUAA